AUGUCCAUCACCGACUUCCUCAUCAAAUUCCUCGCCGGCUACGCCGCCCUCACCACCUUCUUCUACACCCUAUCCCUCGCCAUCCCCAAAGCCGGCUUCAUCGCCCGCGCCCUCGCCGCCUACAUCUCCCUCCUCAUCUGCGCCCUCUUCGGCGUCCUCGCCUCCAUCGUCCUCACCCUCCUCGGCAAGCAGGGCAUCGCGCAAUGGGCCACCGCCCGCUCGUUCCACUACGUGAUGCGCCUCACCACCGGCAUAUCCUUCCGCGUCGACGACCCGGCCAACGUGCUCGGCACCGUCCGCCCCGCCGUCUUCAUCGGCAACCACCAGACCGAGCUGGACGUGCUGAUGCUGGGCGCCAUGUUCCCCAGGUGGUGCAGCGUCACCGCCAAGUCGGACCUCAAGCACAUCCCCUUCCUGGGCUGGUUCAUGCGCCUCAGCGGCUCCAUCUUCAUCGACCGCAAGAACUCCAAGGACGCGCGGGACGCCAUGGCCGGUGCGGCAAAGGAGAUCCAGAGCAGGCAGCAGAGCGUGUACAUGUUCCCCGAGGGGACGAGGAGCUACGCCAAGGAUCCGGUGUUGCUGCCGUUUAAAAAGGGUGCUUUUCAUCUGGCUGUCCAGGCGGGCGUGCCGAUUGUGCCGGUUGUGGUGGCGAAUUAUAGCCAUGUCCUGCAUAUCAAGAGCAUGGUUUUUCGUGCGGGGACUGUUCCCAUUAAGGUUUUGGACCCUAUUCCGACCAAGAACCUCACCGCCGCAGACGUCGACGAGCUUGCCCGCACUACUCGCGAGCUCAUGCUCACUGAACUCCUGGCACUGACUGAAAAGGCUCGUGGUCGCCCCAUUGCAGUUCCUGCGUCUGCUGGCAAUUCAUCAGCCAAGAGCUCCGGCGUGGAUCUCAACUCCAAGUGA